AUGAGCAGCCCCUACGCCGCCGCAAGGGACAAAUUUUAUGAGGACCUGCACGCUCUCUUGGCGACUGUGUCGAGGGCGGACAUGUUGAUUGUCCUUGGUGGCUUUAACGCCCGCGUCGGCACAGACCAUGCUGCCUGGAGAAGAGUGCUUGGUCCCAAUGGUUUUCGAGGCCCAAACAACAAUGGUCUGUUGCUCCUCUGCACCUGCGCAGAACACCGCCUCAUCCUGACGAACACGUUCUUCUGUCUGCUGGAGCGAGAGAAGGCCACCUGGAGGCAUCCUCGGUCGCGUCAGUGGCACCUGCUGGACUAUAUCCUCGUCCGGAGGCGAGAUCAGUGAGACGUGCUGGUGAAAAAGGCGAUCGUGGGAGCUGACGGGUGGACCGACCAUCGCCUCGUCAUCUCGAAGAUGCGUAUUCGCCUACAGCCUCGCAGGAGACCACAAGGUAAGCGACCCCCAGGUAUGCUUAAUGGUGCCUUGUUGUAUUUGUCGCUCACCAUCUGCAUUUCAGCAAUGAGCUAGCUCAACGGCUAGACAACAUUCCAAUCGCUGCCGACGCCGCCGCUGCCGAGAACGCCUCCGUGGAGAACCGAUGUUGUCAACUGCGAGACACGGUCCAGUCGAUGGCGGUAGCCGUCCUCGGUCGCGCACGCGUCCAGGACCAGGACUGCUUCGACGACAACGACGCCGUCAUCAGUAAUCUGCUCGCCGAGAAGAACCACCUUCACAAAGCCUACGUAGGCCACACUGCUGAUGCAAACAAAGCUGCUUUCUACCGCAGUCGCCGCCAAAUUCAGCAGCGACUGCGCAAGCUGCAGGAUGCCUGGACUGCUCGCAAAGCUGAGGAGAUCCAAGGAUACGCGGACCGCAAGGAAUGGAAGAACUUCUCCGUGAUCAAAGCUGUCUACGGACCGCCGACGAAGGGCACUGCUUCUCUCCUCAGCGCCGACGGUGGUACUCUCCUGACUGAGAAGACGCGAAUUCUACACCGAUGGGCUGAGCAUUUCCGCGGCGUCCUCAAUCGCCCCUCCGCCAUCCGCGACGCUGCCAUCGACCGUUUGCCGCAAGUGGAGACCAACGUGGACCUCGACCUCCCGCCAUCUCUCCAUAAAAUCAUCAGGGCCGCGCAGCAUCUCUCCAGCGGAAAAGCACCCGGAUCGGACGUAGUCCCUGCUGAGUUCUACGAACACGGAGGUUCCCAACUGAUGGAUCACCUGACUGCGCUCUUCCAGGAGAUGUGGCGUCAAGGUGAAGUGCCGCAAGAUUUCAAAGACGCAACCAUUGUGCAUCUCUACAAGCGAAGAAGGAGCCGCCAAGUCUGCGACAAUCACCGCGGCAUCUCCUUGCUGAACGUCGCCGGUAAGAUCUUCGUUCCCAUCCUCCUCAAUCGUCUUAAUAAUCAUCUGGAACAAGGCCUUCUACCGGAAAAUCAAUGCAGCUUCCGUCGUUAUCGCGGGACAACGGAUAUGAUCUUUGCCGCCUGUCAACUGCAGGAGAAGUGUCAGGAGAUGCGGACCCACCUGUACUCUAUUUUCGUAGACCUGACAAAAUCCUUGGACACGGUGAAUCGUGAAGGUUGUGAAAAAUCAUGCAGAAAUUCGGCUGUCCGGAGCGAUUCACUCAGAUGGUGCGUCAGCUGCACGACGGUAUGAUGGCGCGAGUCACGGACAACGGACCUGUCUCAGAGGCAUUCGCAGUGACCAACAGAGUGAAGCAGGGAUGCGUGCUGGCACCUACUUUCUUCAGUCUUAUGUUCUCUGCCAUGCUGAUGAACGCCUACCGCGACGAACGCCCGGGGAUCUGCAUCGCCUAUAGGACGGACGGUCACCUUCUUUAUUAACUACGGGUGCACUUUCAAUAGCGCGUAUCCACAACCACCGUUCACGAACUCCUCUUCGCCGACGACUGCGCCCUGAACACCACCUCGGAAGAAGAGAUGCAACGGAGCAUGGACCUGUUGUCCGCCGCCUGCGAGAACUUCGGUCUGGUCAUCAACACGCAGAAUAUGGUGGUCAUGCAUCAACCAUCAACCAACACAGCCACUCCUCCCAACACGCCACAAAUUAGCGUGAACGGAACCCAACAGCAAGUGGUGGAUAACCUCCCGUUCCUGGGCAGCAACCUCCCCGUAACACCAAAAUCGAUGACGAAGUCGCUGACAGGAUCUCGAAAGCCAGUCAAGCCUUCGGUCGUCUCCAAAGCACAGUUUGGAAUCGUCAUGGUCUGCCACUGAGCAAGAAGCUGAACAUGUACAAGCCCGUCAUCCUGCCGACGCUGCUGUACGGAGCGGAGGCGUGGACAGGGUACACAAAGCCGGCACGCCGACUGAUCCACUUUCAUCUCAGUUGUCUCCGUCGCACCCUGAGACUGAACUGGCAGGACCGCAUCCCCUACACUGAUGUGCUGGAACGGACGGGAAUCCUCAGCAUCUACAUCAUGCUGCGACAAAUGCAGCUGCGUUAGAGCGGCCACCUGGUGCGCAUGAACGACUAGUCACUACCCAAACGACUCUUCUACGGAGUCGUCGCGACGGGUUCUCGCCUCCAAGGAGGCCAAAUUCGUCGAUACAAGGAUAUUCUGAAGGCCUCCGUGAAGCCUCUGCAAAUCAACUCGACCAACUGAGAAGCACUCGCCCGCGAUCUACCGGCCUAGAAGACGACAGUGAAGACAGGCGCCGCGAUCUACGAGGCCAACCGCAUCGCCGCCGCCAAAGUGAAACGCGAAGCACGCAAAUCACAGCUACGCCCAACAAGCAACGCCGAGGCACAAACGCUUCCAACGUGUCCUCAGUGUCAACGGAAAUUCCAGGCACGAAUCGGAUUUAUUGGACACCUUUGGAUCAACUGCAUCUCUCGGACCGCACCCACUGUCAUCCCUCCGCCCGCCUCCUCCCCGUCAACUCCGCCGCCAACUAACUCUGACUCUUCGUUUGAACCAUCACUCCCACUGCCUCCGACUCCAGGGGUGAGGGCCAGGACUACACCUGCUCUCACUGCGACCGCACCUUCACCUCACACAUCGGCCUGGUCGGUCACUUGCGAAUCCAUCGCACAGGCACUGGCGAACCAGCGCCUGGAGCACCAACCUACACCCACCGCACUCGCCUCCACUGCCCUCGCACCUUCACGCAUCGCAUGGGUAUAUUCGACCGCAUGCGCAUCCACGAGAGCGGAAUUGACCGCAGCCCCGACUCAUCCAUCAUGCCAAACCCCACUCUCACUUCAUCACUCUGCGCGCCCACCGCCCUUCCCGAAACGGACACCGACACCACCGACUUCACCUGUCCACACUGUCCACGCACAUUCACCUGCUGCAUCGGCCUGGUCGGUCACUUGCAAAUCUAUCGCACAGUGGCUGGCGAACCAUUGCCUGGAGCACCAACCUAUACCCACCAAGCUCGCCUCCACUGCCCACACUGCCCUCGCACUUUCACGCAUCGCAUAGGCCUGCUCGGCCACAUGCGCAUCUACGACGAAUUGCGGUAGAAAACUGUCGGCUACACCACACCAUAACACCAUCCCUCCCUGCCUCCACCGCCACCACCACCAACACCCCACCACACAUCAACACUCACCCACCGCAAGCACCCAGCUGCCACCUCCCACGCAAGUGGGAAGUGUGCAUCUCGACUCGUUCCCCAUGCGGCUUUGGCUGCACGGGUGACUUGAGUCUGGGACUAUCCCGACACGUCAAGCGUCGUGGAUAGGAAGGCUGCUGAUUGAGGCCCCCACUCGGUCCACGCAGUUCGUCGCGUUGUGUGUGUGUGUGUGUUGUGUAGAGUGGCGAACUGGUGGACUGGGAGACGGACUGAAACUGCCCCUUUCACGCAAGUGAGAGAGACACCGUUUAAACCCCGUUGUGUGAAAUCCUGGUGUAUGUGUUUUAGGGGCCAGGUCGUGCAAGUGGCGCACGCAGACAUGGUCAGUCGACCAUGCCAGCCACCGCGCCCACUCCCCACUCCAGUCUGCUGACCGGCUCGGGCAGUGGCUCGGGUGUGGGAAUGGGAAGGGAGAGUGAGUUCGCCGUCUCAGCGCACUUCCUCCUCAUUAUAAACAAUCUGACGCGCUUGAAGCUAUCACGGUGCGCUAAAAGCCGUGGCUUGGAAGGUUGCCAACUGACAGGAUAAAUUGGACAUCCCCCUGGAUUGGAGGUCUGGGAGUCAGGCUGCAGUGGCUCUUUCUUAAUGUGGCUUUUAUGGCACUCCCACUGCCUGGGAUCCGAGCCAGAUGUUGACGGCCUAGGUGCGGCUUCGGCCGUGCCAGCCUCCAAAUCUCUGUUGUGUUGGUUCAUAUCCUGGUCAUUUGUGUGUGGACCAGGGGGUGUUGUGGAACGCCGAGGUGAGGAUCGGUCCGAGCCAUCCACCUGCGGCCUCCCUCGUCUCCGGUCUUCUUGACUCUGUUUGGACACCGGACUCAGGUGGGGGAGGAGGAGAGAGUGUAGGUAGAUGCAGCGCAAGUCUACUGGCACUAGAAACCCCUGCGCAACUCACCGUCCCUGCUCCCACCGCUGCUGCUGCUGCUGCUGUUGGGCACACGGUGGACAUCGUUGAAAUCGACGGUCGAACUGUCGUGUGUGUGUGUGUGUGUGUGUGUGUGUGUGUAUGGAUUGGCAGAUUGGUGGGCUGAAAGCCAGGCUGAAGCAGCUGCCCUCAACGUGACCUACGGUACUCUCACGCAUGUGGGAUGUACGUCGUUCAACCCCGGUUUUGUGAAAUCCUGGUGCUUGUGUUAGGGGGAUCGAGUCGUGUAUGUGGCGUGCGCAGACAAGAUCACUACAUUAUAUCAGCCAUCGCACCCAUUCCCCGCUCCAGUCAACUGACCGGUUCGGACAGUGGUUGGAGUGUGGGAAUGGGAAGGGCCAGUGAGGUCCACAACUCAGCGCAUCUGCCUUUAUAUAAACAACCUGAUGAGCUUGGAGGUAUCGUAAUGCGCUAAAAGAUGUAGCUUGGAAUGUUGCCAACUGGCAUGAUAACUUGAACCUCGCAGUCGGUCCAGUGUGUGUGCUGGUAUGGAGUGGCCGGCCGGUGGUCCGAGAGUCAGGCUGCAAUGGCUCCUUCUUAAUGUGGCCAUUAUGGCACUCCCACUGUGCGCAUGCGAGACGGGUAUGACGGCACGCCUCAGUACGGCUUCCGUCGUGCCAGCUCCCGUUCUCGUUGUUGUUGUUCAAAAACCUGGUUAUUUUUUGUGUGGACUAGGGCGUGUGGAGAGGAGUGCCAAGAUGCGGGCUCCACCGUGCAAAUCACCAGCGUCCUCCCCUAUCUCUGGUCUUCUUGACUCUGUUUUAACAUCGGGUCCAGGUGGGAGGAGGAGGAGGAGGAGGAGGAGGAGGAGGAGAAGGAGGAGGAGGGAGUGCACUGGAUGCUGCGUAAGUCCACAUUCACUUUAAACUAAAUCGCGCGCAAGUCACCGUCUCUGCUCUCACCCUGCUGUAGAGCAUACGGUGGACAUCGUCGGAUGCGACGGUCGAACUAUUCUACCUGAUGGGUAGUGCCUCUCAGUCGAUACCAGGCUGACUACCUAGCCUUUGAAGAGUGAUGAUCAUGGUUACGAUUCGCCUUUCUGAGACUUAAGGAUUGUGUGCGCGGCUCUCGCAACCUGGUGCGCACUGGCUGUACUCUGACACCUGAUUCCCUGCCUGCAGAUGCGGUUGCGUUCCCUCUUGGUAUACAGGUCGUGUGAAUGGCUGCCCAGUAAUCCUCCGACGCAUUGUUUUUGGUUAAAAUCCUGUUUAAGUGUUUGUUGUGGACCAGGGGGUAUGAUGGCACGCCUAGGUGUGGGUUCGGCCGUGCCAGUCACCUACGCCCUCUCCCACCUCCGGUCUUUUUGAGUCUGUCUUGCCAUCGAGCUCAGAUAGAGGAGAAGAAGAAGAAGAAGAAGAAGAAGAAUGUGCGAUAGAUGCUGCGCAAGUCUGCAUUCGCUAAAAAUUAAUUCACGUUCAAGUCACCCUCCCUACUUCAGCCUGCUAUGGGACACACUGUGCACAUCGUUGGACACGACGGUCGGACUGUCCGGUCCUGUGUGGAUAUAUACACCUAUCUGUUGGUGUGUUCGCACACGCCCUUGAGACCUAACAUGAUGGCCUUCAUGUUUCCUGGAAAUGGAUGAGAGUAUCCCCUUCUGUCCCAGUGAUGAUCAUCGUUGCAAUGAAAAUGUGAAGGUGAAAUAAGAUUUUUGUCGCACACAUUUUCCUUAUUUUAAUUUAACCCGCAUAUAAACCGUUUUCAACGAAAUCACAAGCCGAAGUCCUCGAAAAUCGCACCAUCUGCGUAGUCGAUGGAAGCAAGAACAUACAAAUUUCACAUUAUUACCAGCUGGUGAGUAACGGGAGUGACUUGCCUUCCAGACAUAAGCCCUGUCGCAAUUAGAGCAGACAUGUUUGUAGAUUUGGGAGGCUCACGCGGCGCAAUGAAUAAGGGACUGCAAGGUAAAAAUUAGCGUAUCCUAACGUCACAGCUGCAGUCAUGUAAUGAAAAGGCCACCAAGUUCGUGACGAGCUAUAAUUAUCCAAUAGUUCAAACACGAUGCUGCGGCACACAGCACACACACAUACCUCUGAUAUUGUGCAUUCUGUUAUCUCCGACAUGAUGGAUCUUCAGUUAUUGCAGAGUGCCGGCGAACGCGCAACCAGACUAUUAUCAGGACGGCUGGCAACGUCUUAUUUUCUCAUAUGAGACAAAGAGCUCUGAGUUGGCAAUACUGACUCAGGUUUCGAACGACGACCGCGGGAAAUAAAGAAGAAUUGAUGACCGGUAGGGUUUUUGUCGAGGCAUUCAUCUGUUCUCCGUUCUUAUUGAUGGCUCGCAAAUAUGUGAUCAUUUUAUGUAACGGUCUGCGGACACUUAAUUUAAUGUUAUUCAGUAUCCUGGGUAAAGGAGACUGAAGAUGCAUCUGUUUUCUUUACAGAUUGUAAAUAAUUGUAUAUAUUCGGUCAUAGGCCAUAUGAGUUUGCUUUCGUUUUAACCAUGAAGUACCAUACGAGUGUGAUUAACUGUGAGAAUAUGUGAAGCUUUAUCAUACGACUACUUUUAGUCUAAAACUGACCGUUUGUAAAUACUAUCUCCAGAGUGUACUUGAUUCUUUCUGUAUGGCGGAGCCGUUUAUUGACGCAAAGAGGCUUCAAAAAUGGAUCACAAAAGGGCAAGAGACUUUGUUAAUGAGAGUUUUUUCAGUGUCCGGUUUACAAACUCUGAGGUGGACGAAUUCGUUGUUUUGAAAUGUAGAGCACUUGGCAAGCGCUUUUUUCACUCACCCAGACAUGCCAUAUAACGACGACGUAAACCCUCUACGAAAAUCAGCAGAAUUUAUAAAAUUCGAUCGAAAUUAUAGCAGCUUUUAAAGUGGAUUGCACAUCUUUGCGUGCCGGAAUUACUUUGAGGAGGGUAGAGAACGAAGCGGCUUGCUUUCUGGGUGUUCUAGUUCAUUUAGAGGCACCCAAAUAGCAUAAACUUUGAACUGUAUACUUUAUUGGGGUGCGAUGAGUCCACAGUGUAAUCUGAAAGAGAGGACGAAAACACACAAUUAAAUUUAGCAUUUGUGUUGUAGUAGGCAUAUAUGUAUGUUAUCCAGAGGCUGCGGAAAACACCAUUAGUUUAUUUAAGUUGGAAUGAAGUCUCCUACUGUGCUUUUAAAAAAUUCGUUUAAAUGCAUAAGAGCACCGUAAAUAGACUUCACACGCUACUUAAGUAGUGACAAGUCCUCUGCGUAAUAAUGAAAAGAGAUACUGAGGUCAUUAUGCCUCAUGCCAGUCGGUAAUGCCACCGGUGGAUCCUCGGUCAACGGGAUCCAUCUUCUGAGACACGACGGGGAUCACAGAUAAUAACUGAAGACCCCCAAUCCCACGUUAUAGCGUUUUGCUAUAAAUACAGGCGGGUAAUAGACAACAUAACGAGGCGCUGUCGCAUACUAUUGAUAGGUAAAAAACGGCAAGCGGAAUUCAUCUGCCUCCGGCAGUAUCUGUCAAACCCAGGAUAUCGUCGAUCGGGUUUUUUAAACCCAAACUUAGACAAAAGAUACUGCGCAAUUUUGGCUAAGAUACAGGUUGUCGCGACGCAAAUACAUGAAAUAACUCCUAUACAGAGGCCUGGCGAUAACUCAUGAAAUGUCAGCCGAUAUUUCGAAAUCAGUUCCCGUUUUGGAAAGAUUAAUUAGGUAGAGUUGUAAAACUAAUCAUCCAGCAGCAUAAUCCUAUAAUAAUCCAGUUACCGCAGGCGACAGGCCUUGAAAUUAACUUCAUUUCGACUUCAUGCAAGAACUAUACCCUUUGAAAAAGUGACCAUAUAAGUAGCAUGCAAUUUUCUCAUUGAUUUUGGACGCUCUUAAAAAUUCAGUUAUAUUUCUUAGAAGAGAAGCAUUCAUUUUUUGCUCAUAUGAUGGAAACUGGUGUCUUUUUCCGAUUUUAUACUCAAAGAAAGGGUAUAAUUCGGUUGCAAAAAAGUUUCGAAUUGUGAGAUUUUUUAAUACUGUGAAAUGGCCCUUCAUAAAACGUCAUGUCUCUGCAAUGUGGCUCAAAUACACUGCCUAAUUUUAUGAACCCUAUAUGGUCCCCCUUUUGUCCGUAGAGAAAUGUGUAAUUUUUCGUACGCGGAAAUUAUACGGUUUUUAGUUUGGGUACCCUAAAUACAAGUGUAACGGCAGGUCGGGUUCAAAAUUAUUCGGGAAUCGGAAAAGUUUCUGAAAAGCGAAUUAUACAUUUCCGUAGAGUAUAAAAUUGGAAGAAGACGUGAGUAGCCCUCGAAUGAGCAAACGAAUGAAUAUUCUUAUUCAUAUUUUGCAUGAGAUAUAAUUGAAUUUUUAAGGGCAUCGAAAAUCAAAUCAACAAUUACAUGCUAAUAGAAGCGAAGAGACGAGUCCCAGGAAGCAGUCUUGAAGAAGAAGAAGAAGAUGAAGAAGACACGAUCGCCAGGGCAAGAGCUUUAUUAGCCUGACGUUUCGGAUUCUCGCUCGAAUCCAUCAUCAGAGACAAAAGUAGAUAAGGGUGGUUCAUGCCUGUUAACAUGAUUGCAGCAGUGGAAUCAAUCCUUAGUCAAACGGAGUCAACGGAGGAGACGAUGACCCUCAUCCGACACCAAAUGUCGUCUCUCCUAAUGGCCCACAGGCCGCGGGAAGUGCUUUCCAAGGUCGAACGUGAUGCGCUUAGAGAACUCAAGGCCGACAAAGACUUGGUCAUCAUGCCAGCGGACAAGGGACGCUCCACAAUUGUGCUGGACAGGACAGACAACCUUCAAAAAUCCAAGGGUUUACUGGAGGACCGACUGUUCUAUGUCCCAUGUACAACGAACCCUUUAAAGGCGCUGACACGCGAAAUUAAUGCUACGUUGUUGGCCUUGGAGAAUUCAAGUGCAAUAACACCGACCGACAGACGCAUGGCGAGACCCCAAGAUACGGCUUUGGCCCGAUUCUAUGGCCUCCCUAAGGUGCACAAAGACGUCGCUCCUCUCCGGCCCAUCGUGUUGCUCAAAGGUACUUCAACGUACGGACUGGUUAAGUGGCUGUUCAGGCGUCUCAAGUUCCUGACCGCUGAGUCAGACACCACGGUCUCUUCGUCAGCACAAUUCCUGGAGAAACUCAAAGGGGUAACCGUCCAUCCAAAUGAGGUCGUGGUAUCUUUUGAUGUUACAUCCGUUUUACUUCUAUUCCCCAGGACCUGGCGAUCGAGACAAUCGAGCUGCUUCUACAAAGCAAAUACGAUGAAACGGAGAAUCGUCUUGGACGCGCCAAGUACUUCAGUUCCCGAAGUUCUGUCUCAGGACGUACUUCACGUUCGACGGGACAAUCUACGCACGGUUGA